AUGAACCGCUCAAUGUCGACCCUCGCCCGCUCAUCCCUCAUCGUCGAGGUGUCAGCUCGGGAUGGUCUUCAAAACCUCAAGCCGCCUGCUGUCCCAACGGCUGUGAAGAAGGAGUUGGUGGAGCGCCUCCUGGACACUGGAUUGAAGGUCAUCGAAGUGGGCAGCUUUGUGCGACCGGAUCGUGUGCCUCAGAUGGCGGACACGCCCACCCUUCUCCCCGGCCUUCCUUCGCUUCGUAGUGAGGACCCAGAAGUCCACUACCCAGUACUGGUCCCAAACAUGAGGGGUCUCCAAUCUCUCCUUGAGCUCGAGGCCGCCUCCAAGGCCAGCGAUCCCAAUGUCGGACCACUGACCAACGAGAUUGCGGUCUUUGUGUCCGCCACCGAGCCAUUCUCUAAGGCGAACAACAACGCCUCUGUGGACAAGGUCCUUAGUGGUCUCCCUGCUGUCAUCGACAAGGCGUUGGAGCGCGGCUAUCGCGUUCGAGGCUACGUCUCUUGCGUCAUGACCGAUCCGCUUUUGGACAUGGGCUGCUACGAGGUUUCACUUGGUGACACGACGGGCGAAGGCAACCCCGAGGCCUGGAAGACAUUGUGGGAGGCCCUCCUGAAGGAGGAUAUCCCGACAUCCCGCCUGGCUGCUCAUUGCCAUGACACGUUCUCAAUGGCUCUCCCCAGCAUCCUGGCUCUGCUGCCUUUGGGACUGCGCAUCGUUGACUCGUCGCUUGCCGGCCUAGGAGGCUGCCCCUACUCGCCUGGUGCGACCGGCAAUGUGGCAACAGAAGACGUUGUUUACGCCCUCCACAAACUGGGGUACAACACCGGCGUGGACUUGGAGAAGCUGGUCAAGUCUGGCAACUGGCUCACCAAGACCAUUGGCAUCUCUAAUGAGAGCAAAGUCGGACGUGCAAUCGGAGCUAGGCUGGCGUUGAAGGAGAAGGCCAAGUAG